UGUGUGUUUGUGUUUACCUGUGUGUAUUUGUCUUCGUGUCCCUGUAUCCUCGAUUAUCCUCUGAAAUUUAUUCAGAAUUUUAAUGGCCUUCGCAUAGUAAGGUCGCGAAUAUUCAUGACUGAAUAAAUCGGGAUCCCUACAAAUUAUUUGGUCUAUUGAAAGUGAAAAUGAGUUGAAUUCUGUUUAGUUGCAUUUUCUUUCUGUAAGGCUUGCUUGACCGCCAGUUUAUUGCAAAGUGAGGAAAAGUCUGACCCGUUAUCUACUCCUAAAGUGUAGAUCGAUAUGAGUGGCUGAAGUGGAGGAUGCACUAACGUCGUUACGAAGAAGCAGGAGCACCCGUCUGCAAUGGACCCAUCCCUCUUCUUGCAAUAUUCGCCGCCCACCGGCCUCCCCCAGGAGUCCAAGUUGGCCACCUACAUGAAUCGGUCUACGUCGACCCCUACGCGGUCCCUGAAUCAGGCCCUGGGCAAGUUAAGCCUGGAAUCAUCUCCAACUUCUAUCAAGAAGUUGAACAAUGGAGCUCCACCACCGGUCAUGCCGCAGCAAGUGCUGAUUGGGGAGUUCGUUCCCAUCAACUACUACAGCCCGACCAACAUUCUGCCCGACUCUCCUGAGAGCUCGCCUCCGACUCCGAUGGCUCCCAUGGCCACCAUGCCGGCAAACCCGCAAGUACACCAGGAGAACGUUGGUGGCACCACUUACUUCUACUCCACCAACGACAGCCUGAACACCACCGGCUGUCUCAGUUCUUCUGCUUCGCUCGUGGGGGCAGAGGCCUGCAUGGGCCCCGUGGGCUCGGCUGCCGCGUCGCCCUACGCCUCGCAACUGUACUGCGCCGGGACCCCCACCCACAUGGGCCACAUGACGCCCGCUAAGCCAGCCGCUACCAUUCCGAGCAUUGUGCGCGCUAGACGCAAGUUGCAGGAAAAAGCCGCGCAGGCCGAGCGCGAGGCAGCGGCGAGGGCCGAGCGCGAGGCAAUGGCGAAAAAUACACCCACUGAGUAA